AUGGAGCAGCACAUUGACGGUCACAUGCUUCAAUUCCGCAAAAACCUCGACGAGUACUCCCAAACAGGCCAAGUUUUCGACCUCAAGGACUUAAUAGCCUUCUUUGUCCUUGAUGUCCUAGGAGAUCUCGCCUUCCGCUGUCAAUUUGACUCGCAGAUCGAAAAGGACAUUUCUAAAUUGCCCCCCAUCAAUGACCACAUCUUUCUUGCUUGCCUGAUGGGCAUGAUUCCUGAUUUUAUGCCGCUCAUCAAAGCCAUCUCUCCAUGGAUUCCGAUUCCAUGGCUGCAACAGCUUCUCGCCGCUAGACAAAACCUCAAGAGACUCACCGCGGAGUGUGUGAGAAACCGAUUAGUUGACACUGGUGCUGCUCGAAAAGACCUCAUCACCAGUCUGAUCAACUCCGUGGACCCGGAGACAGGCUCUAAGCUCACAGAGCUAGACAUACAAACAGAGGCAUUUGCGUUCAUUGUUGCUGGCUCCCAUACGACGUCUGGAACCCUUACUCUUCUCUUUUCUCACAUUCUUCAAAACCCGGCUGUACACGCCAAAGUGGUAGAGGAGGUCGAUGCAACUGUUGAUGAUGUUGGUUCGGCCAUCGUGCCUAUCAAAGACCUUGAAGCAAAGCUUCCAUACGUCAUGGCUUGUCUAGAUGAAAACUUCCGGAUGAACUCUGUUUUCACUAUGCCCCUGGAGCGGGAAGUGACUGCCAAGGAAGGCUUCGAAAUCGAGGGCUACGUAGUUCCCAAGGGCACCGGCCUGUUCAGCCUAAACCACGUUGUUCAUCACAACCCUGCCAUUUGGGGCAAAGAUCACGAUGUUUUCAACCCCUUAAGAUUUUAUGAUCAAGAAGGAGAGAAGCUCCAGCGUUUCCUCAGCCCCUUUAGCAUGGGCCAUCGCAUGUGUAUCGGACGCAAUAUGGCCAUGACAAACAUGCUCAAGCUUGUUGCGACAACAUUUAGAUGUUAUGAUCUUGAGGCGGUGGAGCCAAUGGAAGCUAUCUCUACUAUCAGCGUUGGAAUUUCGGAGAAAGAAGGUCCAUUGUUGUGUCGUGUUCGUAGAAGAUAG